UUGUACCGGUAAAACGUCAAUUGGGAAUCCGGGACAACUGCUUCUUACAAAACUUAUCCAGGAAUAAUCAAUCCAAAAAGGAAAAACAAGAACAUAAGACCUCAAAAACACAUUCUAAUGCCCUCCAUGAAAUAAAUGGUGUCACUCGCCUUGCCAUAAAUACUCACAAAUAGGGCACACCCAGAUCAGAAAAGGACAUGUUCUGCAAAUGGGUCGCAGUUGUUGUAGAAGGCCCAAUAUUAGAGUGGGGUUUUGAUUGAUACGGAGAUAUUGUGCCCGUUGAUUUCCUGGAAUUUUUGGGGGCGUGUAAGAAUUGAAGUGUGGGAAUAUCAAGGAGUAGCAAGCGUGUCUAGGAUGGAUCAGUAUGAGAUAAUGGAGCAGAUAGGGAGAGGAGCGUUUGGUGCUGCCAUUCUAGUUCAUCAUAAACAGGAGAGGAGAAAAUAUGUGUUGAAGAAGAUUAGAUUAGCUCGACAGACUGAGCGUUGCAGAAGAUCUGCUCAUCAGGAGAUGGCACUAAUUGCAAGGAUUCAACACCCUUACAUUGUUGAAUUCAAGGAAGCGUGGGUGGAGAAGGGCUGCUAUGUUUGUAUCGUUACCGGCUACUGUGAAGGCGGUGACAUGGCUGAAUUGAUGAAAAAAGCUUAUGGACAAUAUUUCCCUGAAGAGAAACUUAUGAAGUGGUUUACUCAGCUACUCUUGGCAGUUGAUUAUCUACAUUCGAAUUAUGUUCUACACCGUGACCUCAAAUGCUCUAACAUCUUUCUUACCAAGGAUCAAGAUGUUCGCCUUGGGGAUUUCGGACUUGCUAAAACAAUGAAGGCAGAUGACUUGGCCUCUUCAGUUGUUGGAACUCCCAAUUACAUGUGCCCUGAACUUCUUACCGACAUUCCUUACGGUUUUAAAUCAGAUAUAUGGUCUCUAGGUUGCUGUAUUUAUGAAAUGGCUGCACAUCGGCCUGCUUUUAAAGCUUUUGACAUGGCAGGGCUAAUAAGUAAGAUUAAUCGGUCUUCCAUUGGGCCUCUUCCUACAUGCUAUUCUCCAUCCUUGAAAUCACUUAUUAAGGUCAUGCUAAGAAAGAAUCCCGAGCAUCGGCCAAGCGCAUCAGACCUCCUGAAACACCCAUUUUUGCAGCCCUAUGUUGCACUAUAUCGCACAGCCUUUCAUUGUCCCCCGCCAAGAAAACCCUUGAGCACUGCGAAUGACAGUAGUCAUCAAAAGAACACAAUGGUUGAAAGUGGUAGAGAUAUUUUCAAUUGUGACAGUAACAAGGGGGCUUUUGACACUAGUUUGGCCUUUCCUGAUGACAAAAGUGGGACCCACAGUGCUGAAGAAGUACCCAAAACAGAGGAUACCUGUAGCGAAAAAAAUGAGGAUCAAGAUGCAGGGCAUAUCUGUAAUUUGGAAUCUAAACAACCAAAGACUAUACAGAAUAUAAUGACGGCCUUGAGAGAAGGAAAAGGUAGAGAGAAUAACUCAUCUCCUAUACGAGGCAGCCGGGUAAAAGGCAAUUCUUUUGGCACACAGAAAGCUGUUGAAGUAUCACCUAAACUCCCAAAACCAUACUUGGUCAGCUCUAAUUCCAAGAUUAAUGCGGAGGAGGGGCUUGCUUCCAAAUCAGCUAAGGCUCAUUUGAUGUCUUCUCUCAAACACCAGCUGCCCACCAUUGAGUCCUCUCCCAAGACUAAACCUAAACACGAGGGAUACUCACCACAAGGGCUUGUGAAACACACUGCUACAGAAGAGGGAUUGCCUCCAAGGGUGAAACAAAGAACAACUCCUAAUUUGAACAGGCGUCCUUCAUUUCCUACAAAAAUAAGGCAGGUAGGGCCUGAUUCUCCAGUUACGGUGGAUGACAACAACAACAAGGGUCAAGACAGCGUUUCUAAAUUUUACAAGUCUUUGGUGGGAGUGUCAAAUGAACUUCAAAUAGACAGUAGCAAUUCUGCUUCUUCUUCUUCUGUAUCCAUUCAAGGAUUUGAAAUUUGUGACCCGACAGCCCUGUUUGUUAAAUCAUCUGGGGAGUUGUGCGAACAGGUGACAGAGACAGACAGCGUCGGAUCAAGACCAUCUUCAUGCUCAGUUUCUACCUCCAUACGGUCGGAUAAUAAUCCCAAUGGCUGUAUUAGGGAAUUUGAAGAACAAAUGGAUUGUUGUAUUGUAACUUGUACUCACAGGGCGAGUGGUUUCAAAGAUGAUGCUCCAACCAGCUGGACUACUGGUCUAAACAAUGAUGCUCCAACUGAUGCCUCUGCUUAUUUCAAAGACGACUCUUCAGCUGGGGGCCCUUGUCGCUUAAAAGACGGUGGCGGUCUGAAGGGAGGUCCUGCUGAUUAUUCUGAUGUAUUGGAGCAGCCAAAUGCUGUUCUCGUGCCCAGCGGCGAUGACAAGCAUAUAGUUACACAAGAAUUUUUCUUUUCAGCAACCCAAGGUGGCACAUAUCCGGGUUUUGGGCCUGCUUCUCCGAAUCAGCAAGUGAUGCCGAAGGCUUUACUGCCAGAUUCUGCAAAAGCUGCUGUGGCAGUUCAUGACAAACCAAGCGCUAGUCACAUCAAACCUGCCUCUGAUGAUGAUGUUAUUCAUGCGAUGGGGAAUAGUAGCUUUCAAGUCAGUAAGGGGCAGCAGCAGCUUUUGAUCAGAGCCAUGGAUGUUAAAAUCCCGGAGAACACUAUAUCUCCUACUCCAAUAGCAAAUUCUUUUGAACAAUUGAAACCAGGCCCACCCGCUGCGGAGGAAGCUCCGGUAAAGGAGAUGCUGGAUGUGAAGUCCUUCAGGCAGAGGGCAGAAGCACUGGAAGGGCUGUUGGAAUUGUCGGCUGACCUGCUGGAGCAUAACAGAAUCGAAGAACUUGCGGUUGUCCUUAAGCCUUUCGGGAAAGAGAAGGUGUCCCCGAGAGAGACUGCCAUCUGGUUAGCCAAGAGCUUGAAAGGAAUGAUGCUGGAGGAGUCUAAUGCACACAACUCUUGAUCCAUCAGUAGUAACAUCCCUCACAAAAAGGUGAGUAUGUUUUUUUCAAAAUAUUAAUAAUCUGUAAUUUAUUCAAAAAUAUAUAAUAAUCUGUAAUUCUUUUAUUUAGUGAAGUGUACAUAUUAAGAAUUCAAAUUGUUUUGUUUUUCCGCACUGCAAAAUUGCCAAUGUACGAUUGUGUUUUUGGAAUUGUUGACUGAUGCUAUUGUUUAUUAGCACUCUCU